UUUUUUUUUUUUCUUCAUGUUUGAACGUCCAAAAAAGACACUUGAACAUUCCCUUUUUACUGUACUAGAAAAUGCACAAGAUUAUGUAGCUGAUGUUUAUUUUAAAUACCCUCAUACAAAACUAUGGGCACAUAAAGCCUUAUUGAUGGUACGAGUACCACCCUCAUUUCAGCAAAAAUAUCUACCUCAACUUGCGGACCAAACACAGUUUGAUAUUAGCGCUGUCAUCCCUUACACAACACUGCGACAACUUCUCCGCUUCUGGUACACCGCUCGAUUUACACCACCUCCUAACGAAACCUCACUUUUAUCGUCUGCGAUUCACGGCCUCUCUCUUUCAGAAGCCUCUUCCAACCUACAAUCCGAAGUCGAAUCCAACCUGCACCAAGAAAUCUCUUCUUUAGAGAUCAAGUUGGGCGUAGAUAUGUUGCCUAAAGGCGACCCAGAACAACAAUGGGUGGCUGAUUUAAGCCGCAUGUUGGAUCAGCAGAUCUGUACGGAUGUUACUGUCUAUCAAGAUGUUCAGCCAGUGUCGUCUUUUCCAGCCCAUCGAUUCAUGUUGGCCAGUCAAUCACCUUAUUUUUAUUCGGUCUUUUGUACUGAGUUUCGUGAAGCCUCUACGUCGUCUGUCCAUAUGCCAUCGGACUUGUUUAGUGCCGCCACACUCGAUGUGAUCCUUCAUUACUUGUAUACAGACCAACUGAUCUUACCGGAUCUGUUGGAUGCUCAGCCAACCCGUCUCAACCAAAAGAAACACGAACUGCGUAUCCUGCAAAAAGUGUUUCCAGCAGCUGAUUUCUUGGGUCAUGCAGACACGAUCUGUAAAGCCGUCUUGCUCAAGAUGGCCGUCCUUUGCCAUCAAUUCAAAUGCGUGUGUUCUGAAUGUGCAGCCUUGUUGCCGUCCAUGUUGGUGUUUGCGGAUCAGCAUCAGAAACAUGUACCCAAGCUACGGUCGAACUUGAUCGCGCUCUAUGCGGAUCCUUUGGACUCAUUAGCCCCUCUUUGGUCUCAAAAACCGUUUGCGAUCCUUGUCAGUGCACUGCAGAAACCCCAGGCCAAAGAGACCCAACUUUCAGACAUCUUUGCUACACCCACACCAACCACACCGACAGAAGACAGUGUUAUAUCUGACAUCACGCAACGGACAUGGUCCAACAUGACCAAACACAAUUCGGUCCGGUCCCUGCACUCACUUCACUUGUGCCUCUCGUACCUUCGUGGUGCUGAUCCGUUCCCUACCUGGUCUCAACCGGUGAUUCAGAUCCUGAACCAGUUCCUUCAUUACAAUGUGGAGAUGAUCGCCAACCAUUUUGACUAUUAUUGUGUGGAAUAUCCUAUUUUAUUGUCGUGUGUGGAUGGUAUUGGGUUUGGAUUCUCAGUGGAUUUCUUGAGUUUUGUGCUGCAACAUGUGUUGAAUGAAGGCAUACAUGAUGGGAAUGCUGCUAUUCUGUAUCAGGGGAUUGUACGCGAUUUAGGUAAUCGACAAGAGAUGGUACGCAAUGUGGCUGUGGAUGGUGUCUUGAUGGAUGCCCGUCUCAAAUGUGCUCAAUACCUGGCUAAACGAUGGAUGUCUGUCAAGGCAGAACAUGGAUUUGCAACAAUUGAAAAAGACUAUUUACGGAUGAUUUCUGAAGAUAUCAAUGUGCCUAUGCGUACACUGACAAAACCUCUGGAAAAUGAUAUCUCGACCAUCUUUAGCUUUAAACCACGUAAGGCAAAAAAAGAAGAUGGGGUCAAACGACUUUCUUUCCCACUUCAGACACAAGACGAUACACAAGCUCAUGUACGCCCUUAUGCCAUGACGACAAGUCAAUCUCAUUCAGAUACAGAAGAUGUCUCGCUUCAACGACGCAACAGUACAUUUCGUUCAUUUCGACGCCAUACCAGUGAUGACUUGACAGACGAAUUAUUGGCUUUGGAUCUCAGACCCAUGGAGCCUCGACAGACACGUCUUCGGUUCUCAUUGCCUACGACACCGAGUCGCAUUCGACCUCAAAAGAGAGUGGCUGUCAAGAAAAACAAGCGUAGUAAGUCACCCGGUCGAUCCAGAUGGAGUUUGGGGUACAGUACCAGUGAUAGUAGUGAUGACGAGAUCAUGCCUGCUGUAGGACAAAAAGUAGAGUUAUUAAGAAGACCUUUGCCUACCUUGGGUACCAUCAAGUAUAUUGGCCCUGUUGAAUUUGCUAAAGGCACUUGGGUAGGUGUUGAAUUGGAGUCAAGAUUGGGUAAUAAUGAUGGUUCUGUGGAUGGUAAACGGUAUUUUCAGACAUUUCCUCAGCGUGGUGUGUUUAUCAAGACAGAUGAUUUCAAGAUACUUGCAGACAAAAAAAAUUAAUGUUUAUACCCCCCCUUUUAAAAAAUAAAACCCAGCAGCGAU